AUGGAAAUCGAAAAUCGUGGAGACAUCAGGCUCUAUGUCCAUCACGAACUCCAACGUUACAUUAACGACCCAAAGGCGAUUGAAGAACUUAGGGAAACCAUUGUUUCUCGGGAUUCUGGGAUCUUCCAAUGGGCUGUGCUCAUGGUCGGAACUGUUCACGAUCUCUAUCUUAGUGGAGUUCGCCUCAGCAGGAUUCUCGAUGCAAUCUCGACGAAGCCAGUACAUCCACAUGACUUAUACCGGAGCUUGUUCGAAGACAUCGGGAAAGAAAAAAGGCAGAAAUCAUUGCAAAUCAUUCGAUGGGUCUUAUUUGCCAAACAACCGUUGUCACUGGGGCAACUUCGCCACGCUAUAGCUGUUGAGUCUGACCCAGAAUCCACGUCCCUUGCGGAAUGUCUCGAAUCUGUGGAUUGCGAGACCGACGACGAAUUAGAGCGGAGAAUACGAGAACUCUCCCGCGGAUUGCUCGAAGGUUAUGGAGUAUACAGAAUGAUACAAUUCAUUCAUCAGUCAGCCCUAGAUUUCGUGAGCGAAGAAGGGUACCGCAUUCUUGACGAUUCACUGCAGUCCUUUGAGGAAUUUAUCGGCAAGUCACAUUUCAAACUGUCGCGGAUCUGUGUCCGUUAUAUGAACAUGGAGCGGGCCCAACUAGAUAGGUCAUUGAAAUAUGAUGAUCUUGCCGAUUUCAUCCAGGACACGGGCCUUCUAGGAUAUGCCUCCAAUUAUUGGCUCAGACACGCUAAAGAUGUGGAGGCCCACAAUAUCCACCAAGAUGACCUUUUGGCACUGUUUGGCUGGCUAGUAUCGGAGCUUGUCGAUGCGUGGACGCGUUCUCAGAUACACUUUCGGCUUCAGAAUCCAAUCCCGGUCAAGGUCGAGGUUGGGAUGGACCUCCUCGAAAUUGCAGCGCGAAGUGGUCUUACAAGUGUUGUCCGGGAAUGCCUUGAUCGACUGAGUAAAAAUGUUGUGAAGGUUCCUGCUGACCAUUGGGAACAUCACCGCUCUCCACUUUCUUGGGCAGCAGCGUCCGCUGAAGAAGGAGUUGUGAAGAUGCUGAUUGAGCGUGAUGAUGUGGACGUUAAUUUCAAAGGAGCGGGCAAACAUCCGCCAAUAUUAUAUGCUGCCAGCCGAGGCCACGUUCAAAUCGUCAAACUCUUGCUUACCCACAAGGCCAUUGAUGUGAACCGGACUAGCAAGGGUAGGACCCUGCUAGGCUAUGCAUUAGUAUGCGGCUUUGACGAAAUACAGAGUCUAUUGCUCUCCCGAAAUGACCUCGAUGUUAAUCUCCUGUACAGAGGGAAGUCGCUUCUAGCAUGGGCCAUCAGGAAAAACGACAAGCAAUUUCUGAAAAAGCUACUGGAGCGGAAGGAUAUCAAUGUCAACCUGCAGGAUGUCAAGGGCUGGACUUCUACUCCACUAUGUUGGGCAGCAUAUUACGGACAUGUUGAAAUUAUCAAGAUGCUUCUUGCGCAUCCGGCUAUUGAUGUGGAUAUGAAAGAUGCUUGGGGAGGAAAUGCUUUGGAAAUCGCCACCGGUAAACGGCGACAGGACAUCAUCGCACUUCUUAAGGAUGCCAGGGCGACGAUGCCAGAACCGCCUGCGUCUCGGACCGUUUAUUACGGGGCCGAGGGAGACCUUUAG